ACCCGGGCUUCGGUACCGGAGAAUGGUCGAAACACAAACCCCCCUUCGCAAGACGAAACACUGGACCUGCAAGUCCUUUAGUUUUUAUUUACAUUUUCUCGUUUCUCCAGGUGUGUUAUAGUAGGAAAUUUAAAAAAAAAAAAAGAUGGCCACGUCGUCCAGCGCCAGUUUGAGCAAAGUCAUCAAGCAGCAAUACAUGGAGCUGUCUCAGGGGGAUAAAGUCCAGGCCAUGUACAUCUGGGUCGACGGGACCGGAGAGGGGCUGCGGUGUAAAACCAGGACUUUGGAUUUUGAGCCCAAAAGUGUUGAAGAACUUCCCGAAUGGAACUUUGACGGGUCCAGCACUUACCAGGCCGAAGGCUCCAACAGCGACAUGUAUCUCAUCCCUGCUGCCAUGUUCCGUGACCCCUUCCGCAAAGACCCAAACAAGCUGGUACUCUGUGAGGUGUUCAAGUACAACCGCAUGCCUGCAGAAACCAACCUGCGAGUCAGGUGCAACAAGGUCAUGAAGAUGGUAGAAGAUCAAGUUCCCUGGUUUGGGAUGGAGCAGGAGUACACCAUCCUGGGCACAGACGGACACCCCUUUGGCUGGCCAUCCAAUGGAUUCCCAGGACCUCAAGGUCCAUACUACUGUGGGGUGGGAGCAGACAAAGCAUAUGGAAGAGACAUAGUGGAGGCCCAUUAUAGAGCUUGCCUCUAUGCCGGGGUUCAAAUAUGUGGCACAAAUGCAGAAGUGAUGCCUGCCCAGUGGGAGUUCCAGGUUGGCCCGUGUGAAGGGAUCGACAUGGGUGAUCACCUGUGGGUGGCGCGGUUCAUUCUGCACCACGUUUGCGAAGACUUUGGGGUGAUCGCCUCAUUUGACCCCAAGCCGAUCCCCGGCAACUGGAACGGCGCCGGCUGCCACACAAACUUCAGCACAAAGGAGAUGAGAGAGGACGGUGGACUGAAAGCCAUUGAGGACUCCAUCGAGAAGCUGGGCAGAAGGCACCGCUAUCACAUCCGUGCCUACGACCCCAAAGGGGGGCUGGACAACGCCCGCCGCCUCACCGGCCACCACGAGACCUCCAACAUCAAUGAAUUCUCGGCGGGCGUGGCCAACCGCGGCGCCAGCAUUCGCAUCCCGCGCAACGUUGGCCAGGAGAAGAAGGGUUACUUCGAGGACCGCCGCCCGUCGGCCAACUGCGACCCGUACGGCGUCACCGAGGCGCUCAUUCGCACCUGUUUGCUGGGCGAGGAGGGCGACGAACCCGCGGAUUACUGAAUCCACAAAUCGUGGAUUGACGACCACUGCCAACCGCCACCCCACCCUCCUAAAUUCAUCUUUUCUUUUCACUUGUUUGCUAUUUUCUUUCCCCACCCCUCCCAUUGAGAUGGUUUAACCUGCAUUUAAAAGGCUUCAAGUUGACUGGUCAACUUCAAACGGUUAAUUCAUAACUUUGGUAGUCCCCCACUCUGGUCAUGGCAGGGUACCUUCCCUUCGUCGUGAGAAGGGAUUGGCUUUUGUAACAGUUUUUCUAGCCAUGUCUGUGCCGUUCCCCCAUUCCCGUCUCCCUCUCCGCUAAAUGAACUAAAGCACAUGGACACUGAAGCGUAGAGCUGCUAAGGCCGGACAGCAUGUACGGCGUAAUAAAUCUUUAGUUCAUGUCCUGCUAAUUUACUUUGUUGCUGACCUUCCUUUUCCAACUUCCCACGGUACUAACUCUUUGAUUUUUAUGAUAAAGUGUAUUUUUAAAUGGCAACGUUUGUCUUCAGAUUUCUGACACACUGGGUCACCCGUGUUGGUACGCUUUGUAGAUGUUUGUGCCGAGAUGGUGUAUGACGUUCAAAUGUGGUGAUCUGUCCAUACUGCCAUUUGUAGAUUUUCCUCAAGGAGUUUUAUCCUUUUGUUAAUGCGCCCGAUUUGGUAAAUUUGUCAAGUUUACUGAACCCGGGUUAUUUUUCUCUUGGUACAUUUAAAACUUAUUUUUUAUCACAA